AUGAAGAUUGCCAUUAUCCAAUAUUCCACCUAUGGCCACAUUACUCAAUUGGCCAAGGCAGUUCAAAAAGGUGUUGCCGACGCAGGCUACAAGGCCGAUAUUUUCCAAGUUCCAGAGACUUUGCCACAAGAAGUUUUGGAUAAAAUGCAUGCUCCAGCAAAACCAACGGACAUUCCAAUUGCUACCAACGAUACAUUGACCGAGUACGACGCUUUCUUAUUUGGUGUCCCAACAAGAUAUGGUACUGCUCCAGCUCAAUUUUUCGAAUUCUGGGGUGCCACCGGUGGGUUAUGGGCUAAAGGUGCUUUAGCUGGUAAACCAGCAGGUGUGUUCGUCUCCACAAGUGGUCAAGGUGGUGGUCAAGAAACAACCGUAAGAAACUUUUUGAAUUUCUUGGCUCAUCAUGGAAUGCCAUACAUCCCAUUGGGUUAUGCUACUGCUUUCGCAUUGCAAUCUAACAUGGAAGAAAUCCACGGUGGUUCUCCAUACGGUGCUGGUACUUUUGCAAACGUCGAUGGUUCUAGACAACCAACCAAAUUAGAAUUGGAAAUUGCUGAAAAACAAGGUGAAGCAUUUGUCAAAUCUGCUGCUAAAUUAGUCGGUAGUAAAAAAGAAGGAACCACUGCCGCUUCUAAAUCAGCUGCUACUAAUGAUACUGCUGCGGCCACUUCUGGAGCUGCUGCUGGAACUACUGCCCCUAAAGAGUCCACCAAGGAAGAUUCUACUGGAGCCAAAAAGGAAGCAGCCAAUGGUACUGCUACUAGAACUCAACAAUCUACAAAAGCCCCAGAAACCGCUGAUAAAAGCUCAUGUUCUAAAUGUAUAAUAAUGUAA